AUGGCCACCAUCACAGCCUCACCUCCCACAAUGUCUCCUCCUCUGGCAGCGCAAACCACUUCUCCUCCUCAGCUCCCUCCUCUGAUCACCACUACCCCGACUCCGCGGCGGACGAGUGCGCAAAGACCAACUUCAUAUGCUGAGAGGCGGAUGUCGUCCUUCUCCACAAACUCCAAGGCUUCAUAUCAGCCCCAGUCUCGGCCGGCGUCGCAUGUCUUUCCUGCCUUCCACUCGAGUCUACCUUAUACCGUCGUGCGAGACUUUGCAUACUUUACCACACAUCCUUUACACUACGGGCCUCCCCCUAACUCGUCUGGCCUGUCAACACCGGCAAGCGAGUCACGGAGACUGUCAGAUCCCGCAGUAUCGACAUGGGAAGAUACAAGAGGACCAUGGUCUGCGCCUCCGUGGAUCACGGAAACGAAUAUUGGUGGGUUCAGUAGAGACCGGUUACCAGCAAUGAGUUUCAUAGACGACGGGCCGCCAUACAGUGAGGACGAAGAUAUCCAAUCUCCCAUUGUUACUACCAGUCGCCAUAAAAAACGUAAAUCCAAUGAGCGAGGGCGAUCCCCUGGAGCAGCGGGUCCCAAUCGCGGGUUUGUGGUCAGCGGCUCCCUUCAUCCUGAAGAUGGGCCUGGCGAAGUCAUUGAGACACUCGACAACCCUGCCCUGCGCUUUGCGUACGGACCACAACAUCGCGACUCGAAUUUCGCCAAACCUUUACAGCGGAAUCCGUCACCUUACAGCCCCGAGGAGCAUGGAUCGGAAGAUGAAUCUUCAGACGCCGAUGACGACGCACGGUUCUCAAAAGACUACUCGUUCACCAUUGCCAGCCCUGACGAGGAAAUGCAUGGCAAGGCUGUUGCACUUUUUGAUUUCGAGAGCGAGCAUCAGAAUGAGUUACCGCUCAAAGAGGGUCAGAUAAUCUUGGUAUCUUAUCGACAUGGUCAGGGCUGGCUGGUGGCGGAAGACCCUCGGACAGGCGAAAGUGGACUUGUGCCAGAAGAAUUCGUGCGGCUGGUUAGGGACAUUGAGGGCGGCUUGCAUGGCUUGAACUCCGUGACGCUGGAUGGUGAUGGGAUCAUGAACGAGAUUGUCAGUCCUGUCUCAACCGAACCGAGCUCCAUGAGCACGCCCAUACCAAACAAUCACGAUUUCCCUCCGCAACAGACCAAGCCUAGCAACGGAGAAAAGCACCCUCCUGUGCAAUCAAGCUUUUCUACCAGCAGUCGCGAUUUUAGCCCGUACCCGUUACACAGCAAGGGCGAGGAGGGUGCGGUCAGAGAGAGAGAAAAGGAUAAGGAUAAACAGCUAGAUGCAUGUUGA